CAAAUAUAUAUUGAGUGAGUUAUCAAAUACAGAUGAUUUUGAAAAAUAAAAUUAGAAUUACCUCGCCCUCAGACAGAUCUACGUUGAUGAUUUCUUUUGAAAAAUGGAAGAAGAUAUACCGAUUCAAUUGCCGGUGACAUUUGUUCGUCUUUUGAAUGAUAAAUUGUUUGAGAAAAAAAAGGCAGCAUGUCGUGAGAUUGAAAUAAUGACAAAAGAAUUGAAUGCACAAAACAAGACCAAGCAGAUAAAAAAAUUGAUUAAAUAUUUGGUGGAGACAUUCAUUGAUAAUUCGGCGGCUAAUUCAAAAAUAGGCGGUCUGAUUGCUGUUUCCUCGGUGGCUAUUGCUUUGGAUACGGACGCUAAAUUAUAUCUUGAUGAUAUUGUCAAAUCCAUUUUUGUUUGUACUCAUGAUUGUCAACGUGAUGUAAAAUAUCGAGCUUUGGAGUCAUUGUACAAUGUGGCCAAAAGUGUUCGCAGCGAAAUUCUAAUAUAUUUGGAUCAUAUUUUCGAUAUAGUUAUACGUUUGGGUGAAGACGUCGAUGCCAGUAUUCGAGAAGCAUCAUUGUUAAUGGAUAAAUUGGUCAAAGAUAUUGUGAUUGAAAAUCCAAGUUUUAAUAUACGAAGCUUUGUUGAUAUAAUUCGUGAAAGAAUAUAUGCCAUUGCAUCGAACACAAGAAAAUUGAUUCUUUCUUGGAUCAGUUUUUUAGAUAGCUUACCAUACAUUGAUCUACUAGUUUUCAUUGAAGAUAUUCUUGAUGGCUUGUUAAAAAUCGCAUGUGAUCCAAAUGUAGAUAUUCGGCGUACAUCGGAAAAUAUACUUGAAGAAUUUUUCGUCAAAAUUCAAAAGAAUCCAAAAUCAGUGGAAUUCAAGCAAUUGAUAAAAAUAAUUUUGAUACAUGUUCAAACUGAGAGUCAAUUAGUGCAAAACAUAUCAUUGAAAUGGUUAGAUCAGUUUAUUAUGUUGGGAAACAAAAACGAUAUACUCUAUAAUUCAGCUCAUAUUUUAGCUGUGAUUCUUCCCUGUCUUUCAUACCCGAAUGGCGAGAAUGAAGGAUAUGAUAAUGACAAUUUUCAAAAAAAGAACACCGAUCUUGCAAAAUCAAUCAACGAAAAUCUAAUAAAUCUUGUUACCAAUUCCAAAUCGUACGAUACUACUAAAAAAAUUGAUAUUGAAAAUUUAGAUAAAGAUCAAAACGACGAACAAUUUAAAAUUUCAAAAAUAUUAAUAGUUUUGUUGAAUGAAUUGGAACUAGGCUCAAAAACAUCACCACAAACUAAGAUGGCCAUUCUUGAAUGGAUCUAUCAAAUCUAUGAUCAUUUGAAUAUCGAAAUCGAUGAAUAUUUAGAAGAUAAACUUGUGAAUAUUUUGCUUACAACUUUAUGUGAUUCAACCGAUAAUGUUAUAUUGCUUGAUCUAAAGGUAUUUUGCAAAAUCAUUUUCAAAUACUCGAAUGAAGAAAAUGAAAAAGAAAAUUAUCGUAAAUUAAUUAAACCUCUGGUUGAUUUAUUUCAUAAAAAUCUAAAUAUUCUACGUGAUCGUGGAUCAUUUAUAAUUUGUCGUUUAUGUGAAAAUUUAGAUGCUCAACAGGUGUACAUUACAUUCUCGAAUAUUCUAUUAGAAUAUGACCAUAAAUAUAUCUGUUCCAUGGUAUACAUAUUAAACACUAUUCUUUUGACAUCAAAAGAAUUGACUGCCGUUCGAAAUGAUUUGAAAAACAUGAAAUUAAUAGAUUCAAAAUCAUCGGCGCAUAAGUUGUUUGAUUUUCUCUAUAAAACCUGGUGCUAUUCAUCUGUAUCGGCCAUAUCAUUAUGUUUUUUAACUAAACGUUAUAAAUUAGCCUCAGAGUUGAUUUUACAUUUUGGCAACAUUAACAUUAAUAUCGACAUCCUUUUGGAAAUAGAUCAACUAAUUCAGAUGCUCGAGUCACCGAUAUUUACUUCAUUACGACUCGAUCUUCUUGAUCCUAACAAUAAUUACUAUCUUUGUAAAAGUUUAUAUGGUUUGUUGAUGUUGUUACCUCAAAGUGAAGCAUUUCAUUUAUUACGAAAACGUCUACAGUGUAUACCAGAUUUUUCUCCAUUUGAAAGUAAAAGACCAUCGGAAACAAAUAAGGCAAAGCCAGCCAGCAUUUUUAUCGGUAAUCAAAACGAUAUGGAUAAAGAUUUCUCUUUAAAGCUAAAAUAUUUUAUCGAUAUACAACAAUCAUUGGAUUAUAAUAAUCCAAAUUCACAUUCAAUUCUUACACAACCACAAUCAACAUUAUCAUCAUCAACUGCCGGUGUCAAUAAUAAUUGACAUUUUUUUCCGCAAUUUACUGAAUUGGAAAUGGUUAUCAUAGUUUCAUUCGAAAUCUCAUUGUGCCUUGUGAUCACACAAUGCCAUCAACAAAAAAAAACGAAACAAAAAAAAAAACGAGAAAAGCACCUUGAAUGUCACGACUUUCUAAUUGACUCAAUAAAUAUACAAAAAUUAGAAUGCAAAAGAGUCGGUUAUUUUGUUUCUUUAGUUGUUUCCAACGUCAACAUUCAUUCAUCAUUCAUUUAGUCUAAUUUCAUUCAUCAAAUUGGAGAAAAAACCGAAAAAAAAUUGCACUGUAAUUACCAAUUAUUAAGAUGCAUUAUGACUAAUGUAUUGUUGGUUUAUAUAACCUUAUUAUAAUAAUAAUAAAAAAACAUUCAUGAUUUGAAA